CACACUGAGCACAAGUGAUGGGAGACAAACCCAGUCCCUGACGCGCGUAUCGCUCACCUGGUGAUAUUUUCACAGCCUAUAUUGUGAUUUUUUUCAUUUUCAUUUUGUUUCUAUUGAGAAUAAAACAUUUCAUGCAGGACUGGAGUUAAAUCUGGAAGUGAGCGCACGUGUGUUACAAUUCAGUAUCAGUUUCCACUUUGGCUCAGCAUUGUGUUUUGGGGAUUUUACGCACUGGUUGUGCAGGAUUUGAGCCAUGGCAGAGGACUGAGGCGCCUUUUCCAAAAUGCCUGUGGACUGGAAUAUAUUAACUUUUGCACGGCGGUCCUAUGGAAUAUAGUCCGAUUUUACACAGUCUACAUGUUGUGCCAUCAUCCCACGUGAAAAACAAACUCUUUGUAUUUUGUAUAAUGCUGUCUCUUUGGGUAUAUAUGAUAUAUUGUUGUGUUGGCUACUGCUCAACUGUGCCAAACCUGACGUAUAGCUCGGUGAACAGACACGACAACGACGCUGAAGUUGACAAUCAGGAGUCCUCUCUCGGGGCGUCCAGGGACUUACUGAAUAACGAAAACGAUUUGGACAGCAGAGGAGACGAGUGGGAUGAAAUUAGAGGCGAGGCGAAGGCGUUGGAUGAUAAUGCCAUGUCAGGUUUCCUCAAUGAAUCGGAAAGUAAAAAGUUGCCCCAGGCGAUCAUCAUCGGGGUAAAGAAAGGAGGGACCCGGGCGCUUCUGGAGUUUCUGCGCCUGCAUCCGGACAUCAGGGCGGUGGGAGCCGAGCCGCACUUCUUCGACCGCAACUACGACAAAGGACUGGAGUGGUACAGGGAACUGAUGCCCAAGUCAUCAGAGGGCCAGUUGACCAUGGAGAAGACACCCAGCUACUAUGUUACCAAGGAGGUCCCUGAUCGCAUCUACACCAUGUCUAAAGACACAAAGCUGAUUGUAGUUGUUCGGAAUCCUGUCACACGAGCCAUCUCAGACUACACCCAGACUCGCUCCAAGAAGCCGGACAUCCCCUCAUUUGAGACCCUGACCUUUAAGAACAUAUCAGCAGGUCUGAUUGACACCACAUGGAGCGCCGUUCAAAUUGGCAUGUAUGCUAAGCACCUUGAGCGUUGGCUCCAGUUCUUCCCCAUGGAGCAGCUGCUGUUUGUUAGCGGAGAGCGUCUGAUUAGCGACCCUGCAGGUGAGAUGGCUCGCGUUCAGGACUUUCUCGGGCUCAGGAGGGUGGUCACAGAGAAGCAUUUCCACUUUAACCCAGCAAAGGGCUUCCCCUGCCUUAAGAGACCUGAGGGGAACAGCAAGCCACACUGUCUGGGCAAAACCAAAGGCCGGACCCAUCCUAAUAUUGACCCAGAGGUGGUGCAGAGGCUAAGAGACUUUUAUAAACCCUUUAACAGCAAGUUUUACCAGAUGACUGGUCAAGACUUUGGCUGGGACUGAGAGGAAAUCUAAUGCAACAGACUCAUGCUUGUCCCUCUGUGUUUU